AUGUCAUCAGCAUUCUAUCUCUUGCUCUUCUUGGCCAUCUUCAUCAGCCACACCACCGAAGCCGCGGUCGAAGAAUCAGUAACCGAAAUCAACGGUCAACGUCUCAAAACAGAGACCGACUACUACUACAUCUUGCCAGUAGUUCGCGGCCGAGGCGGCGGAUUAACCAUAUCCAAACCCUGUCCGAACACCGUAAUCCAAGACCAAAACGAAGCCUCUAAAGGCCUACCGGUAAGAUUCUCACCAUCAGUCAAAUCAAGAUUCGUCCGUGUUUCAACAGAUCUCAACUUCAUAAUCGCUGCAAGUGCGAUCUGGAAACUAGGCAAUUUCGACGAGACGACGAAUCAAACGUUCGUUUCGACUUGUGGCGUCCAAGGGAAUCCGGGUCGGACAACGGUUAGUAACUGGUUCAAGAUCGACAAAUUCGAAGAUCAUUACAAGAUGAGGUUUUGUCCCAGUGUCUGCGAUGUAUGCAGAGUCGUGUGUAGAGACAUUGGAGUGCUUGUGCAAGAUGGAAAGAGGAGUCUUGUUCUAAGUAACGUUCCAUUAAAAGUUAUGUUCCAAAGAGCUUAG